AUCGACGUGAUGCACGUUAGCUGGUCAAAAAUGCCAUGGUCAGAAAUAGAAUGUGCUGACUGCUAGGCUGGCAAGUACUACCAGCCCUCUCUCAUACAUUUCUUCGUCUACCGCCAUCCUUGAAGUCAACCUCAAGCUCUCGAAACUCCUCAAGCUCUCCCUCAACCCCAAUGGCUCCCCUCCCCGAAGCAACCAUGGUCACCGUCUCGGACGCUUCGACUGCCGCCUCUAGCAUCAUCCCUGGUGUCUCUGAGGCGAUGACGUUCGUUCUCUUGGCUCUGCUCAUUCUGGUUUUUCUGGCUGUCUGGGUUUGGGUCUUUGUCUCCUAUUCUUCCCUGUGUCUCUCUCGGUGUGCCGAACGUGAAGAACAACCUCGCAGCGCCACUGCAACCAGGUCGCUGUGGACUGCCCUUCUGUCGGUCAUAAGUCCCUCAGCAAGCUCAUACCUUGUCAAGAAGAAUGAAGUCCGUAAGACUGCGGAUGCGAAUGCAUCCUCGAAAGAAGCUCAGCUGAGCUCCGAUGUCGAAUCCUGUCAGCGAUCCGAUCUAGUGCCAUCCCCUACCGCCUCUACCGCACACAAUACUGCCAACAGGUCAAUCUCGGUCAUGAAAGAAGCUCAGUUAUGUAUCAAUCCAGGAAGGAAGGAGCACGACAAGUCCUCGUCUCUGAUAUCGUCUUUGGUCUUCCUCCCAGACUGCCACAGCCUACCUGCUACAGGGUCCCUGUCCAUGCUCGUCGCAAUACCCCCGAAUGCCUCACUUCCUGCUGUCUCUCCAUCGCAAGCCAUGCCCUCCUCCGUCCUCCCAGGCGAGGACGCAACCAUGACACCAUUCUCUAGUCAGUCAUCGCAUCUUCGCAACGACCUCUCCGUUGGACAGGACGCCGAAACUCUCAACGCCUGUAUUAACCCCGACGUCGCAGAGAGCGAAUCGGGGUCCAAUCUGCGCCAUUAUCACACAUCCCCUAAGACGGAACACACUAACAACGCUAUGGAUGCGACGGACGUAGUCGUCACGUCCACUUCCACUCUCCCUCGAUCUACUACCUCAAACGAGACGUUGUCUGCAUCCAACGAGAACCUCGACGCCAAGUGCCACAAGAUUUCCACUUGCCACGACGACGCCGACUGCGGCGUGAUAGUGCCGUCUGCCUCAUCGCUCGCGGAGUCCAUCUCGUGGGAUCCCGAGCUUUCCCAGUCUGUCCAAUGCCUUGGUCUGUGGAUCGAACAGCAACGAGCUGCAAAGCAGAGCAGGAGGUCUUCCUCUGAAUACGAAAAACCUACAAGUUUUGGCUUUCAAAUGCCUUAUGCCUAUGACUCUGCGGCGAAGUGCGCGCUGGAGGCUACAGAUGCUUACGACGAUGAGCCCGCUCAGGAAUACUCUAAGUCUCCACUCCAAGCAAGCUACGGUAUUCUACCGACUACCAAGCCGAACAUAGGUCACAACAACUCCUUUGAUUCGCUCUCCACGGGUUCGAUCAACACGAAUGAAGAGUUUGUUCCGCGGGAUAAGGCGAUCUCGAUUCUUAUCAACCAUCUAUAUACUGGCGAGCCUACGUGGAGCUCAGCGGCGAGGGCUUUCGGCCCUGUCAUCGUGGUCGACGAAUGCGAUUCUGUCACUGAUUCGAGUGUGUCUGAUGACUCGACGUGCUACUCUCCUGCGACAUCUGACGGGGCGGCGUACCUCUCUCCGAACUGUUGCUACUGA